AUGGUGAAAGAAUUCAUCCUAAUGGCAUUUUCUGACUUGGCACACUUGCAGAUAUUAAUGUCUUUCAUCAUUUUGCUGUCAUACAUGAUCUGUGUCACUGGAAAUAUUUCUAUUAUUAUUUUGAUUAUAAUUGAUCCUUUACUUCACAACCCAAUGUAUACAUUUAUAGGCAUCUUUGCCUUCCUGGAAAUUAUGUUUGCAACAGUAACUGUACCUAAGCUUUUGGAUAACUUAAUUUCAGAAAAAAAGAAUAUUUCUUUUCUAGGAUGCUUCACACAGUUAUAUUUCUUUAACGGAUUAGGGAUAACUGAAUGCUACCUCUUGGCAGUAAUGGCCUUUGAUCGGGAUUUAGCUAUUAACAAUCCCUUGCAUUAUUUGUCUAUUAUGAAUCCUUUGCACUAUACAGUUAUUAUGAAUAAAUCACAAUGUGUUAAAUUUGCAGUUGCUCCUUGGAUUAUUGGAAUUAUCAUAGCUUUCAUACCUACAAUAUUCACAGCUCAGUUGGAAUUCUGUGGUCCUAAUGAGGUUAAUCAUUUCUUCUGUGACUUGGCUCCAUUGCAGAAUUUGGCUUGUUCUAACCCCUUUAUCAGUAAUGUAGUUACAAGUACAGCUGCAGUGUUUGCAACAGUGAUCCCGUUUGUGCUUAUUUUGGGGUUUUAUGUUCAUAUAAUUAAAGCUAUUUUGAAAAUUAAGAGUUCAGAAGGAAAACAAAAAGCCUUCUCAACCUGUUCAUCCCAUCUUACUGUAGCCAGCUUGUUCUAUUGUACUGCUAUUGUUGUAUAUGUUAGACCCAAGGGUAGUCAUUAUGACAAAUUCCUUGCUCUUAUGUAUACUGCCUUCACUCCAUUUUUAAACCCAUUUAUAUACACAUUAAGGAAUAAUGAUGUAAAAGACAGCUUUGAGGAAAUCAAAACUAUUAAGAAUUCUUGGUAA